GAGAUUCAGCACUCAGGAUCACAGUAAGCAAAGACGUCUGGCCCGAACUCUGGCCACAGCGCGAUCAUUACAAUCCUGCAUUUGAAUAGCACACGUUUAGUGUCCCAACAACACCACAACCAUGAUGAACGGACAGAUGAACGGCUUCCACAACGCGCUCAUCGACGAGGACUGCUUCUUAUUCACCUCGGAGUCCGUGGGAGAAGGGCACCCCGACAAGAUUUGUGACCAGAUCAGUGACGCUGUUCUGGAUGCUCACCUCAAGCAGGAUCCUGAUGCCAAAGUAGCCUGUGAGACUGUUGCCAAGACAGGAAUGAUCCUGCUGGCGGGGGAGGUGACUUCUCGUGCCGUGGUGGACUACCAGAAAAUAGUCCGUGACACCAUUCGCCAAAUUGGAUAUGAUGACUCUUCCAAAGGUUUUGACUAUAAGACCUGCAAUGUUUUGGUGGCCUUGGAGCAGCAGUCGCCCGAUAUCGCUCAAGGAGUCCAUGUCGACCGCAAUGAAGAGGACAUUGGAGCAGGGGACCAGGGCUUGAUGUUUGGCUAUGCCACUGAUGAGACCGAGGAGUGCAUGCCUCUCACUAUUGUGCUUGCACACAAACUCAACUCCAAAAUGUCUGAGCUGCGAUGCAAUGGCACUUUGCCCUGGCUCCGACCAGACUCCAAGACCCAGGUAACUGUGCAGUACCGGCAGGAUCGCGGGGCCAUGCUGCCUGUGCGUGUCCACACCAUCGUGAUAUCUGUCCAACAUGAUGAGGACAUCUGCCUGGAGGAGAUGAGGGACUCCCUUAAGGAGAAGGUCAUCAAAGCUGUGGUCCCCUGCAUCUACCUGGACGAUGACACAAUCUACCAUCUGCAGCCCAGUGGACGCUUUGUCAUUGGCGGCCCACAGGGCGACGCAGGGCUGACUGGCCGAAAGAUCAUUGUGGACACCUAUGGAGGCUGGGGUGCUCACGGUGGUGGAGCCUUCUCUGGUAAGGACUACACAAAGGUGGACCGCUCGGCCGCAUAUGCCGCCCGCUGGGUGGCCAAGUCGCUGGUGAAAGCUAAUCUGUGCCGGAGAGUCCUGGUCCAGGUGUCCUAUGCCAUUGGAGUAGCCCAUCCUCUGUCAAUUUCUAUCUUCCACUACGGUACAUCCAACAAGAGUGAGCGUGAGCUGCUCGACAUUGUGAAGAGGAACUUUGAUCUGCGCCCUGGAGUCAUUGUCAGGGAUCUGGAUCUGAAGAUGCCCAUAUAUCAGGGGACGGCAGCCUACGGCCACUUUGGCCGAGAUUGUUUCCCAUGGGAGGUGCCCAAAAAGCUCAAAUACUAAACGUGUUAAGCUUUUCCCCCCAGGCUUGUUGGUGUUUACUACAGAGAAGCCUCAAGUCUCCCGGGGAGAAAUGCCCUUUGCAUCAUGCCCUCACUGAAUCCCUCCUCACUUCUCACUGUCCUGUUGCUGAUGGCACAUUUGUGGG